AUGAUCUUUAAUCUCUUCACUUUCGCUCUGAUUCAAACUGCAAAGGUUCCUCACCUGAUCUCUUUGACUGUGGUUGACGUUGGCGACGAUGUUACUUUUUACUGUAAAGUCUCUGAGAGAGGCAACUUAUUUCAUUGGUAUAAACAGUCUCUUGGAGAAAUGGGCCAAUUAGUCGCUUCUGGAAUCAACACAGUAACAUUCAAUGAUCAAUUUAAAGAGUCACGUUUCAACAUCACAAAAGAGCGUGCUCACUCUUCUCUCAUCAUCAGAAAUAUAAGCAAAGAAGAUGAAGCAACAUAUUUCUGUCAAAAUGGAACAGAGUUUUCACCGUCUCUCAGCAACGGCACAUUCUUGGCUGUGAAUGACAGCAAGCAGCAGAAAUCAGUGAAUGUGAAACAAAGUCCGGAGACAGCAUCAGUCCAGUUGGGAGACGCAAUGACUUUUCAGUGUUCACUGCUCUCCAAGAACACAACAAAAAACACAGAUCAGUGUCCAGGUGAACGCAGUGUGUACUGGUUCAGAGCUGGAUUAGGAGGAUUUCAUCCAGGUGUUGGUUACACUCACGGGAACAGGAGUGAUGAAGGAGGGGAGAGGAGCUGUGUCUACAGUCUGUCCAAAACUAUACAGAACUCCUCUGAUACUGGGACUUACUACUGUGCUGUGGUCACAUGUGGACAGAUCCUGUUUGGAGAAGGAACAAAAGUGGACACAAGAUCAAAGUUGGAUCCAGUUGUCAUUGUACUUGCAGCACUGUUGGCCUGCUGUGUGACGGUGAAUGCCGUCCUUCUGUUCUACAUUAAAGGGAGGAGAGUUUGUGACAAUAGCAAAGUAUGA